CUCCAUUAUAGAAUUAGUCAGACUGAACCCGAAUUCAAUAUUUUAUGACUAAUUUACCCAGUUUCCAUGCUAAAUUCCAUAGAAGAUCGUCAUUGGAUAUAUAAAGGGCAUCUAGUUUUAACAGUCGAAAGUCAAAAUGACUUGCAAAACACCGAUAUAGCAUGGAAAAAUAACUUUAUUAGAGGAAAAAAUUCAAAAAUAAUUUUUGAUUUUUGAACAUGGCGGCCGAUUCGACAGCCUUUUAUCAGGGCCAGGGAUCGGGCAAUUCAUAUGAACCACGAGGUACAGACAUUUCAUACCUUGGCCAACAAAGCAAACUUGAAGAAACUAGAGAAUACAUCAAAAAUGAAAUUAGGAAAGAAUUUAAAAUCAAAGAAGGGGCAGAGAAUUUACGCAAAGCUACUUCGGACAGAAAGAGUUUGGCUGAUGUUAAUAGCAUGGUUAAAAAGGCUGAUAAACAUUUGGCAGAACUGCAUGAUCAGCUACAAGAGAUCAAUGCUCAUCUUCUCGUUGCCAAUAGAUCAAAUUCUGUGGAUCACAGAGGCAGUAUAGACAUGGGGCGGUCACCAGAGAGAGAAGGAAACCUAUCUCCCAUCAAUGAAAUGUUGGCCUCAUUACAAAAACAGCUAGAUAUAGAACUAAAAGUAAAAAGUGGAGCUGAGAAUAUGAUACAGAUGUAUUCCCAUGGCUCCUCUAGGGAUAAAAAACUCUUAGCAGAAGCUCAACAAAUGUUGAUAGAUGCCAAAACCAAGAUUGAUAUAAUUCGAAUGCAGAUAUUGAAAGCUAACCAAGGUUCAGGAGAUGGUGAUUCCAAUAGUGAUGGAAUGGAGAGUGCAACCAGUGUAAAGACACAUGCUACUCCCCUUGAUCUCCGAGUUGAAGAACUACGACACCAUAUGAGAAUAGAGUCUGCUAUAAUGGACGGUGCAAAAAAUGUUAUAAAAUUAUUAACUAGUGUCAAAUCACAGGACAAAAAAGCAUUGCAGGAAGCACAAAGUAGUUUAGCUGAAUCCUCUCAAAAACUUGACCUCCUUCGUCUAUCAUUCGAGAAAAACCUGAAAGAACUGUCUCCAGAGUCUACGCAGUUGACCAUCUUGCAAGCGGAACUUGAAACAUUUAGCCCUAGCAGAUUUAGUCAGAAACCAGCUUCGUCUAUUUUGACGAAAGCUCAACAACAAUACUCCAGCCUUGCCAAGCCUGCUGCACUCACAGGGAAACUCAAUGUCAGGGUGCUCGGUUGUCAGGGUCUUUUAGAAAAUAUUCCUGGACGUGACCGACGUGAUAGCCUCAUUAUGACAACAGGAAGUCCUGGGGACAGUAAAGGAUUCAAGAAAAGUUCUAAAAGCUUCCAUGGGAUCGGCAGUGCUAAAACCUAUGUACUCAAAGAGGACACUUCAAAUGAAAUAAUGGCCAUGUUAAAGUUAGACAGUCAGCUUGUUGGGCAGACCCCAUGGAAACCAUGCACACAGCAAUGCUGGGACACUAGGAUGACCUUUGACCUUGAUAGGGCCAGAGAAUUAGAAAUCACAGUUUAUUGGCGAGACUAUCGUCAGAUGUGUGCAGUAAAAUUUUUACGUCUUGAGGAUUUCCUGGACAAUGAACGUCAUGGGAUGGCAAUCCAUUUGGAACCCCAAGGCAUCAUAUUUGCAGAGAUCACGUUCUUGAACCCUACAAUAUCAAGAAAGCCAAAACUUCAAAGGCAGCGUAAAAUAUUCACUAGAAACAAAGGUAAAAAUAUAUUCCGACCACAGCAAAUGAAUAUCAAUGUGGCCACAUGGGGGCGCCUCAUGAAGAGGGCGCUACCACCAGAUUGCUCUGAACCCAAGACACUCAGCCCCCAGACACAAAUCACCUCUCCAGGUAUCAUGUCAUCUGAUCGAGGCCCCCCUGUGCAUGAACUGAAAUAUGAACCUAUGAGUCCUGAUAUUGAAAAAACACCCCCCAGGGUCCCACCUAGUAAAGAGCCCACACCUCCUCUACAACGGGAAGCUGAGGAACAGAAUGCUUUAUCUGCGUUUGACUUCCUACCAGAGGGAUCACCAGACCCUACUCAAACUGUAGACUUAGAUACUAUGGAAACCGAGGACACACCAGCACUGCCACCCCGACCCCCACCCCCCUCAAUGCCCCCACCCCCUCAGGAAUUACUUUACAAAGCACCUGCAGAACCUGAAUAUUUGUCUUCAUAUAUCACGAUGGAUCAAUUCAGGUGUAUCGCUGUGCUGGGAAGAGGACACUUUGGAAAAGUUUUACUUGCGGAAUACCGCAACACAGGGGAAAUGUUUGCAAUCAAGGCUCUAAAGAAAGGAGAUAUUGUUGCCAGAGAUGAAGUAGAAAGUCUUAUGUCAGAGAAACGCAUAUUUGAGGUCGCUAACUCAAUCCGACACCCCUUCCUUGUGAACCUUUUUGCCUGCUUCCAAACCCAAGAUCAUGAUCAUGUGUGUUUUGUGAUGGAAUAUGCAUGUGGUGGAGAUCUAAUGAUGCACAUUCACAAUGACGUCUUCUCAGAACCAAGAUCAGUUUUCUACGCAGGAUGUGUCGUGCUUGGGCUGCAAUAUCUACAUACUAACAGUAUAGUAUACAGGGAUCUUAAACUGGAUAAUCUGCUUUUGGACUCGGAAGGUUACCUCAAAAUUGCUGAUUUUGGACUCUGCAAGGAGGGUAUGGGCUUUGGGGACAGGACCAGCACAUUUUGUGGAACACCAGAGUUUCUUGCUCCUGAGGUUCUGACAGAGACGUCAUACACCAGGGCAGUAGAUUGGUGGGGGCUUGGCGUGCUCAUCUUUGAGAUGUUAGUGGGAGAGUCCCCAUUCCCAGGGGAUGAUGAGGAAGAGGUGUUUGACAGUAUAGUGAAUGAGGAGGUCAGAUAUCCCAGGUUCCUCUCCACUGAGGCAAUUGCAAUUAUGAGGCGGCUGCUGCGUCGCAACCCAGAGCGUCGUCUUGGUGCUAGUGAGAGGGAUGCUGAAGAUGUGAAAAAACAGGCUUUCUUCAGGAAUGUGAACUGGGAAGACCUUUUGAGAAGGAAAGCACCUCCACCAUUUGUUCCAACCAUACGAGGUAAUGAAGAUGUGAGUAACUUUGAUGAAGAGUUCACUCAGGAGCUUGCAAUCCUCACCCCACCAAAGGAGGGACGUCCCAUUUCCAUGUCUGAUCAGGAUCUGUUUAAAGAUUUUACGUACAUGGCUGACUGGUGUUAA